AUGUCCAUCCCAACCAAGACCCGCGAGUACCGCCUCCCGAAGGUGGAUGGCUUCCACAACCUGACCCUCACCGAAGCGCCGAUCCCAAAGCUCAAAGCGACUGAAGUACUCGUGAAAGUGCACGCCGUCUCGCUCCAGUACCGCGACCUCAUCGUCGCCAAAGGCACGUACCCGCUCGGGCAGAAGGAGAACGUCGUCCCCGGGUCGGACCUCGCAGGCGAGAUCGUCGCGCUCGGCCCCGAGGUCGCGGGGUGGGCCGUCGGCGAGCGCGUCAGCUCGAACUUCGCGACGGACCACGUCUUCGGGGACCCCACUCCGGAGAACAAGGCCACUGGGCUUGGGGCGCCCAUCGAUGGUGUCUUGACUGAGUAUAAGGUCCUCCCUGCGCACGCGCUCGUGCGUAUCCCGGAGCAUUUGAGCUAUGAGGAGGCAUCUACCCUUCCAUGUGCGGCGGUAACCGCGUACAACGCGCUCCUCGGUCCGAACCCUUUGAAGGGCGGCGACGUUGUGCUUGUGCAAGGCACCGGCGGCGUGUCCAUAUUCGGCCUGCAGCUCGCGGUCGCGUCGGGCGCGACCGUGAUCGCGACAUCGUCGUCCGACGAGAAGCUGAAGAUCGCCAAGUCGCUCGGUGCGGCGUACACGAUCAACUACAAGACGACACCAAACUGGGAUGAGGAGGCACUUAAGAUCACGAAUGGCCGCGGUGUCGACCAUGUCCUGGAAGUUGGCGGGCCGGGUACGCUCAUGAAGUCCGUGAACGCCGUUCGCUACGGCGGCACCAUCAGCGUUAUCGGCUUCGUGGCUGGGCAAGCUGACGUGAGCGAGCUGCCUAUCAAGGUGCUCAGCAAGGGAGCGAUCGUUCGCGGGAUCCUCAUCGGCUCGCGCACGCAGUUUGAGGAUAUGAACCGGCUGAUCACUGCGGUGAAGCUGAAGCCGGUGGUCGACAAGGUGUUCGCGUUCGAGGACCUGCGCAAGGCGUACGAGUACCAGGACAGUCAGCAGCACGUUGGCAAGGUCGUCGUCAAGGUGUCAAAAGACUGAAUUGCUUCGUGUGCGUCCGUGUAGAGUUGAUGUUUAGCUGCAGCAUCCCGUGUGGGGACGAUGGCCUGAACGCUAUUUGUACUUGUAGUCCACGGUCUCCUGAUAAUCCUUGACAUGUAGUUGUUCCA